AUGUCCGAUGGCUCACAACUACAAAAGACAUGGUACAAAGCACUGAACGAUGCCGAAGCCUACUUCAAACACCUCUUCACCUCCCCUUCCUCAGACUGGAAAUGCAUGUCCAACUCAUCCAAGGACGCUUCCUCUUCCUCUUCCUCCAAGGGCAAAGGCAAAGCACGUGUCUCGUCCGUCCCAGAGCUCGCAGAUGUCAUUGUCCAUCGCGCGUAUAGCAAGGCCGGCGAAGAGGUCUAUAGGAUCGUGUUGGACGUGCCCACCCCAAGCGAGGAUAUGGUGUCGCUGGAACCCUGGAAAACGGUCUUGACUACACCUGAAUUGAGGACGGAGUGGGAUCCGGCCGUGGAUGACACGCGUUUGUUGGAGAUUUUCGACCAUACCACGAGGAUGGUAAGAUCCGAAAGAUGGGCAAGACCUGAGCGUCUGAAAGCUCGAUUGUGUGCAAAACAACUAGCUAUACAGACGCUAAGAGGGAUGGUGGGUGGGUUCGAAAAUUUCACUGAGGUUGAGAGGACUCUUUUUGCCGCGUCAGAACGAUAA